AUGGUUUCAACAAAUUUGCCUUUGGGUGCAAGCAAGAAGUUCAAACCUACAGAUGAAGAACUCAUUCAAGAUUUUCUCCAUAACAAAAUCAAUGAGAGGCCUCUACCAAACUAUGGAACCAUUCUUGAAGGUGAAUUGUUUGGUACGGAGAAGAAUUUAUGGAAAAUUUGGGAAGAAAACAUUGAAAAUUCUUAUGACGGGAAGGACCUCUAUUUCUUAACUACUCUGAAGAGGAAGUUCUCGACUAACAACUGGAGGAUGGUUCGCACCAUCGAGUUGGGUUCUUGGGAAGCUAAAGACAUCAGAAAAGAGAUUAUGCCGAAUAAAACUAACCAGCGCAUUGGAAUGAGAAAACGAUAUCGCUUUGAGAAGAGUGGUACUAGCCAUGAUGGUGGAUGGAUCUUGCAUCAAUAUAGCAUUGAUUCUUCUUUGUUACCAAAUCCUUCCAAUGUUCAAUUGCUGAUGGACAUAGAGUUGUAA